AUGUCGUUACUGUACAAAGACGCAGCAGCUGUUGUGGAUAAAGUCAUAUCGCAUGGUGUUGGCCUUAGGGAAGCUUUCUACAAGUCUAAGCUGAAGAGUACUAAUCCACAGAAAGUCUACGCGUUAGUGUGCAAAACGGUUAAGUCCAGGAAACGUAUAGAAUCGGCGUUGCGAUCAGCGGGUAUUCUGGACACCCUAGGGGAUCGCAGUCUCGGCCUCGUCAUGGCCUAUGACUUGAUCUACGGUCAAGGCCUUCGCGGAGGCGGCAAAUUGGCUCGAGUUUUGAACGAGAAAGCGGCUAUUUUGAGGAAGGCGGUUAGCGAUGACCAGUCCAGUAGCAGUGAGGAUAAGCAGCCUGCUCAGCUCCCACGAUAUGUUCGUGUGAACUUGGCAGAAAUCUCCAGGGAAAGUGCUAUCGAACAAUUAGGCUCAGCUGGUAUCAAAUCCAAGGCAGAUCCACUGAUUCCUGAUGUUAUAACUGUAGAUCCUUGGAAUUCCAAGGCGCUCAUCGAGUCUCCUCUGGUCAAAGACUUUACCCUCGUACUACAGGACCGUGGCAGCUGCUUGUCCGCGCACUCUUUGCUGGCCGGCGUUCAGCCAGGAGAGAAAAUCACAGUCGUAGAUGCAUGUGCUUCUCCUGGUUCCAAGACGAUUCACAUGCUACAACUAAUGAGGUAUCGUAAGAUAGAAGGUACUAUGGUAGCAAUGGAGCUUGAUCCUAAACGGGCAAAGGUGCUACUGGACCGUCUGGCAAAGGCUGGUUUCUUACCACGAGAUGGGACGAGAACUUCUGAAGAAGUUGCUCAUCUGUCUGCGGCGCACAGCCCUGAUAUCAAUGUUGAAGUACGUGUUGGUGAUUUCAUCAAGUACAGCUCUGCCGAGGUCACCCAUGUAAACUUGGACCCGAGCUGCAGUGGUUCUGGAUUGGUCGAUGUUCACGCUGACUCUGAGAGUGUCGGCGCCCAGCGGCUCCGCAAGCUUUCAUCAUUCCAAUGCCGAAUGUUGGACCAUGCCUUGACGGCAUUCCCCGCUGUUCAGACCGUGUGCUACAGCACAUGUAGUAUCAAGAACGAAGAAAAUGGCGAAGUUGUGAAGAAAGCUCUUAAUAGACUGCAAAGCGGGUAUAGACGGGAGUGGCCUUUUGAAGUGGGGUCCUGUUGGAAGGAGCCGACUCACGGCGCUCGAGACGUUCAAGUUCGACCUGAAGUGGAUCACUGUCGGGGUUUCUAUCUCUGCAAACUCGUCAAAGACGCUAGUGUGAAGCGUAGGAGGUCGAGUGACGACGCUACUGGUGUGGGAGAAGUGUCGGCUCCAAGUGCGUCUAAAAGUAAUCCUAAGAAGCACAAGCGCUCUUCGAAGAGCAAGGGCAUUACUAUUACCAAGUGAUUACUAACGUAUUUC